CAGACCGUUUGAAGAGCAACGCAGAGUGGAGUAAGAAAGAAAGCAACUGAAAAACAAACAAACAAACAAAGGAACAAACAAACAAAGAAGGAAAGGAGCUCAGAGGCUACAGGAUGGAAGUGACAUCACACCGCCGUGGCUCUGACAUCACAGAGGGCGGAGCCAAUAAGAACGCAGUCCAAUCAGAAUGCAUAUCGAGCCAGCCGACAGCCAAUGGGACGCUCCCGCAUCACAACACAGAUCCUCUUCCUGCUGAGGCCCCUCACCCGCUCUCUGAUAGGUCGGAGGAAGGUGACAGCGGUGAUGAAUCUGUGACGGACAGCUCAUCCACCAAUGACAUCGCUCGCCUGCUGCCCUCACAGCUCGCCUCUUCAAUCAGAAAACAGAAAGGUGUGGACGUCUGCUCCAUAUCUCCUCCUCCUGUCUGUACUCCUCCAUCUUCAUCCUUCUCCUCUCCUCCACCUCAUCUUCCUCCCUCUCGGUCGUCUACCUGUAACAGACUCAGCUGCAGCAUCCCUCAUCCUCAUCAUCAUCGACAAAACAAUCAUCAUCCUCAUCGACAAAGCACCGAUGAGAAACGGCUCUCCUCCACGAAAAGCCACACAUCGGUGAAGACGGACGCCGCCCAAAUUAAAGAGGUCGCCGGAGAAGACUGCUGUGCUCACUGCCUGCUGGCCUGUCUGUUCUGUGAGAUGCUCUCCAUGUGUUCGGCUGGGGAGUGUCUGGCCUGUGGAGGGGGCGGAGACGAGACAGCUGCUGCUGCCGACGUUGCGAUUGGUGCUGCUGCUGCCUGCGUGGAGGACGCCUGUCAGGCCGCCGUUGGUGGGAUAAUGGAGGAUUGCUGCGGAUCCACUGACUGCCUGGAGAUCUGCCUGGAAUGCUGCUCCAUCUGCUUCCCCUCGUAGAACAGCCAAUCAGAGAAGACUACAAGAUGAUGUCAUUGACAGUUGCCUUGUCACGGAAAAAAACAGCCAAAAUCCCAGACGAUAAAGGGCACAUGACUGAAAUAAGAGCUUUAAAAGGGAUCGUGCUGGGAAAUUGAUGAUCUAAAAAAAAUGAAACGGCGAUUUACAGACGUCUCUUGUGAGUCAAUGUGAAAAAGUUCUCGGGCCCCAUGGCAAGGAGCAAUUCCACAGUUUGGCCACUAUGAACAUUGACGCCCAAUGUUUUUCUGAGACCUUGAGACAAUGGAAAUAUAAAGAGGAAUGGAUGAAGUGUUGGACGCAGGCCCCGUUUACUCCUAUUAAAAGUUACUCAUUAGCAA